GCAUACCCUUUCUGUAUCAGAUCAAUCUCGACCCUUUUACGCACCCAUUGGGCCAAACCCCUUCAGCUGCCAUUGCCAGUCCCCUUCACUGGCCUCCUCCUCUUCCUCCCAAAGAGCUACCCAUUUGAUCAUCGUCAAUAAAUCCAACACUCUCACCCUAGCUAUUACACGUGUGAUUUCAUCCCCCUGAUCAUCAAUAUUCUUCUUGCUUGAAUCUACAAAGCCCAUCCAUGGCCUCAAGUUCCACCGGGAAACACCCAAUGUAUCGCGGAAUCCGGUGCCGGAGCAGCAAGUGGGUCUCAGAAAUCCGAGAGCCACGUAAGACCACACGCAUAUGGCUCGGCACAUUCCCGACCCCGGAGAUGGCUGCUGCCGCCUAUGACGUGGCCGCGCUAGCACUAAGAGGCGGCGAUGCGGUUCUCAACUUCCCAGGUUUAGUUGGUUUAUACCCAGUUCCAGCCUCUACAUCGCCCCUCGAUAUACGUAGCGCCGCCGCAGCAGCUGCCGCAUUGAAGAAGCCGGAAUCAAGUGGCAACUCGGGACCCAGGCUGCAGUCACGCCGCAACAAUCAUGAUAAUACCGCGCAUGAAGCUGGUAUAAAAUCCGGAGAUGAAUUUGUGGAUGAGGAAGCCAUAUUUGGAAUGCCAAAUUUGCUAGUGGACAUGGCGGAGGGAAUGCUGGUGUCUCCUCCGAGAAUAAACUCAUCGGAAGACUCGCCGGGAGAUCAUAAUUCAGAUGGUGGGGAAAACUUAUGGAGCUAUUUUUGAAAAUGCUCCGCCGUCAUACAUCCAAGUAAAAUAUUCAUGGGAAAAUUCGAAAGUAAAAGAAGAAGAAACGGAAAUAUUAGAAGAAAGAUAACAACUAGGACACGGCGGUUUAGCAUGUUACAUGUAUACCUUUGUACUAUGCAUUACGUGUCAGUCAUCAAAUACAAGUGAGGUUUUAAGAAUUUAAUAGGUCCAUGGAAUCUAUGAUCACAGGAUUACAUGAUAUUAUAUAUAAUCUCCGCAUAGUGAUUUUCCAACACAUUAGAUGAGUUUUGGACCAAUUAAGGUAGUGAAUUGGAUCGUUAGUUUGCGUGCUUUUGUUCAUGAUCAUCUGUGCAUGUACAGUACUACUUUUUGUUGUGUCUUUGUGAGAUUAUCAUGUUCUCUCAAUAUUGUUGGA